AUGGGAAAAGAUUAUUAUAAAUUAUUAGGUGUUACUCGAAGUUCAUCAGAAGAUGAAAUAAAGCGAGCUUACAAGAAACUUGCUUUAAAAUGGCAUCCAGAUAAACACAAGGACCCCAAAACAAAGAAGCAGGCAGAAGAAAUGUUCAAAGACAUUUCUGAAGCUUACGAUGUUUUGAGUGAUUCUGAAAAAAAGAAGAUAUACGACAUUUACGGAGAAGAAGGACUUAAAGGAGGAAUUUCCGGAGGCGCCGAAGGCAUGUCCGGCGGUCGUGUUGGUAACGUGCGUUACACAACAUACACUGGAGUUAAUCCAGAAGAGCUCUUCUCGAAAAUCUUUGGUAAAGGAGGCCACGACAUCUUUGACAACAUGGGCGAUUUCACCUACACAACUUUCGGUGGAGGUGAAGGCAUGGGUGGUGGCUCACGCGUCAGUUUUUUCGAUGACGGCCCAUCCGUGGGAUUCGGAGGUUUCCCCGGGGUUUCUUCGAAACGAUCUUCUCCCACAACCGCCCCCGUACAAGUGAAAGACUACGAAAAAGAUUUAAAGGUUACUCUUGAAGACAUUUUCACAGGAGUGACUAAAAAACUUAAGGUUGGCCGUUGGAGGUUUGAUGGCAGCCGUAAAUAUUCACAUGAAAAAAUUUUGGAAAUUAAAAUCCGCCCUGGAUGGAAGGAAGGAACGAAAAUUUCGUUCAAAGGAGAAGGAGAUCAAGAAUCGCCUGACCAGCCUCCUGGCAAUUUAGUGUUCAUUUUGCGUGUUGCGGAUCAUAAAUAUUUCAGUAGAGAAGACAAUAAUUUGGUGUACACUCAUCCAAUCAAACUCAUUGAGUGUUUUACUGGCGUGUCUUUCAACACACCAACUAUUGAAGGCCGAACGAUAAACAUAAACGCCCAGCCGGUUAUCACUCCCAAGUCUUUCCGGAUUAUUUCCCACAAGGGUAUACCUGAUCAAAAAACUGGGGUUCGCGGGGAUCUGAUCAUUCGAUUCGAAAUCGAAUUCCCAACCUCGUUCAGCGAGUACCAACGCAAACAAAUGAUUAGUAUUUUAUCUAGUUAA